GGGCAUUUUCUGGAUAUGCCUGAGUUUGUUUUUUAUUCGCAAGUCGUACAUAGUUUAUUACUAAGGGAAGUUUUACAGCCCAAUCCUAAAGAGUUUUGGGCUAAGGUUGCUGGCCGUUGCAUACGGUUUAGUGCCGAAGAAUUUUACCUGAUUUCUGGUUUAGAUUGUUUCGGUGAUUGCAACAAGUUGUUGUUUUCACAGGAAACAAAUCAAUUGGUAGAAACAUGUUUCCGUGGUGUAAAAACUAUUGACCACAAAGCCAUCGAGGAUGCUUUUUUGGGUAGUCGGUGGGGUUUGGAUGAGUCUAUUGGUUUGAAAAUGGCUGUUUUGUAUUUCAUUCAGUGUUUUCUUCUUAGCAAUACUCCUGACAAAGAAGUGUCUAGGUUUGUUCUAGAUGUAGUUGAUAGCGGUCGGUGGGAUGAGUAUUGUUGGGGUAGGGAAUCAUUUGAAUUGACAAUUGACUCAUUCAAAGGUAGGAUCGAGCAUGGGAUCAUUAUGAAAAAUAGAAAGGCAGAGAAGGGAUGCCAAUAUGAUGGCUGGUAUAGGGCAUUGGGAUGUCCUUGGGUUUUCACGGUUUGGUUUUAUGAAUGUUGUCCUGCAAUGGUGAACUCUUUCUGUAAGAGAGUUUCAUCUUCUAUUCCCAGGAUUCUGAACUGGAGCAACACCAUCGUCACCAAAAAUCCAACCCUUCGAGACUUGAAGGGCAAGAUUUUUGAUUUACCUUUGGAGAAGUUGAAGAUAAAAAACAUGCGUCCUACUGAUGAAGAGAGGCAGCAGCUUCAACUUGACGGUUUAUUUCUCGAUGAAUCUAUUGAUGAACGUGGUGUAGCGAAGCAAUCCUUCGAGGGUGGGUCAUCUUCAAAGAAGUCUGAUUCAGCAGAUAUUGAUUGGAUGAAAUCUAAGCUGGAGAUGCUCAUUUCGAAUCAAUCAUCAUUGGUCGAGGACUUCAUUUCGUUGAGGUGUUUUGUUGAUUUUAAUUUCAAAUCCGUAAUGACUGUAAUUAAGGAUAUCCAAGAGAAGGUUAAUGCCAUUCAUCGUCGUCCUUCUGAUGAGGUAUUUAUUCUUAUUUUAUUGUUUAGGUUUUUUUAUAUUUUUUUUUUAAAGUUUCUUUACUGUUUUAUUUAAGUUUCAUUUAUGUUGGUUGAUACAGGGAAAGUCAUCGGAUGAAUUAGUAACUCAAGAUUCUGAUGAUGAUGCUGAUGAUGAUGAUGAUGAUGAUGCCGAGGAUGAUGAGAAGCAAUUGCCUGAUCCAGAAAAUAUUGAUUCUGACUCCGACGAUGGUGGUGAGUUGGUUAAAGUUGGUGGGGAUGCUGAUGAUGCUGACAAGGC